AUGUCAAUUUCCAGGCUACAUUCCUCAGUCUAGAGGAAGUAACAGUGCAGAGGAACGACAGCAUGAAGGUGAUAUGGUACAGUGAUGACGUAAAGAAUGGCAUGCUUUUCUCCAAACUCAAGACUUUGAAACUUAAAGCUCUUCCAAGACUGGAAAGCAUCUGCUCAGGGAGUUGCAACUUUGAAUUCCCUUCUUUGAAAGAUGUAAUUGUGAUGGAGUGUCCAAGUAUGCAGACUUUCUCUAAGGGAGAAGUAAGUACACCAAAACUGCAGAAAGUGAAACUGACAGAAGAUGAAGAUGAAGGAUGUUGGGAAGAUGGCGUUAAGCCCAGAAUAGUUUUUGAUGAGAAAGAGUGGUGAUGACUCUGAAGAAGACUGGUCUAAUGCUUUACACAAGCUGUGUGAUUAGGUUAAUGCUUGAGAUGGUUUAUAUGGUGCACUCAUAAGCUGGAUUUCAACCGUGCCAAGCCGAAUUUUUUUCUUCUGACUUUAAAAUGUUAUUUAAACUCCUAAAACUAGUCUUCUUAAUUCGAAACUCCAUUUGUAUGACUAUCUUCUUCUUUUUUAAUUUCUGCAAGCAACUUAGACUUUUUAUUUUUCUGGUUUGGUUUUAUAUGGUGAAGGAGAAUAUUUAAACUUGAUUAUACCUUCAUUAAGGUAACUUGAAGCUGCGAUUAGAUUAUGAAUGGAAAUAUACAUAUCUUAUGUAU